UUCGGUUUAAUCGGUUAUAUACCAAACCAUAUCCAAAUCCUACGGUUUUUAUAAAAUUAUAUCUAUUCGGUUUAUAUGAUAUAUACCAAAACCAAACCAUAUUAUCUAUUUCAGUUCGGUUCGGUUCAGUACGGUUCGGUUUUACCAUAUUGAACAGCCCUACUUAGGCCCCAUAUAGUCUAAGCACAGCACUGUCACCGCAUAAACAGAAGAGAACAUAUAGACCACAUCAACGCACCAAUAAAGAAAAUGGACAAAUGAAGAAGAAAUGCACAAAGGGAGUCUGUUCGAACUUUAACCCACAAUUCCCAUUUCCUCUUAGUCCUUUCUCAAUCAUUUCUGUCUCUCUUAUUAUUGUGCAAACAUUGUCAUUUACCACCAAGGCAAUGUGCUCUUUCACUGUUCCUUAAACUAAAUCAUUAAAGAUUUUCGGUUAUAUAAAGUGAAAAUACUUUAAUUUUUUACUAAUUAUUUUGAAGGUCUAAGGGCAUUAUUAAAAGUGAGAAACUAUAUGAGUUUUAAGAAAAUUAAAAUAUUUAAAUUAUAAAAUUAAAUUUUAUUUAAAAAUUAACUAUUAGUUGAGUGACAUGUAGAAUUUUAGGAUUUAACCAGUAUUCGAAAAAAAUUCAGAUGAAAAUCUUUUUAAAUCUCUCUUACUUUUAAUUAUUUUUCUAUAUUCGUUUUUGAGAUAUUUCGUAAGAAAUUAUUCGUAAAUUUCUCCAACACUAAACAGUAAACAUUUUAAGCAUCUUUAGGACUAAUUACAAAAUUCGUAAUAUCAUUUAAAUUUUGUGACUAGUUACAAAAUAUUGUGUUUUUUAUUGGUUAAAUUAGUGUUAUUUAAUGAUAUUUUUAUGUAACCAAGGUAAAUUGCAAUUUUUUUUUAAAACCACUUAUAUUGAUACAGAGGGAGUACAAAUUAACAGAGUUUAUGGUAAAUGAUUUGUUGAAAACUGAAAGUGUUUUCUGCACCUCUCAUGAUUAAGUGAAUCAAAUAAAAAUCCAGUUACAACCUUUGUAGACCUUAAAAAGACUUUAAUAGAUGAACCCGGAAAACUACACUAUAAAUUUAAAAUUUUGAACGUUUGAUCUAUAAAUAUACCAUUGAACUAAGAAAAUAAGAGCAUAAUUUUUGCAUUAGGUUUGAUGGUUUACCAUUUAUCUAUAAGUGUUUACCAUUGAACUAAGAAAAUAAGAGCAUAAAUUUUUACAUUAGGUUUGCUGGUUUUUUUUGAACUAUCUAAUUUCGCUCAAUAGAAAAAAAUCGGCAAUUUUUAACUAAAUUUAUGUCUUAUUAGAACAAGUGAAAAUAAACAUUUUCUUUUUUUUUUGUCUGGUUAAUUAUGUUAUUACAAUUAUGAAAAAUAUUAGAUAAACGAUACUACAGUCGACAAUUCUAUUUGUUUUACGAAAAUUUAUGCCUAACUGCAUCACCCUAAGUAACCCUAUAAAAUCCAUUCCUGACAAAAGAUCUUUAGCAAGGAAAAUAAGCGUUGAUCUUUUUUUUAUUUGUUAAUUUGGAAAAAAUAUUUAUCCGCAAGUAAAUGUGAACUCAUAGAUGAUUUCAAAUAUUAUAAUAUAUACUGUAGUGUGUAAGCACUACGUAUUCCCACAUUUUAAUAAAUAGCACAAGUUGAUUUAAGUGUCAAGUGAAAGCAAUGCGGGACAACAGAUUAUAACAAGCCAAAAUGGUCCGAUAUGGUCCUUCAAAAUAGACCGUUCAUAUAUAUGAUAAAUAUGAAAGUGAACAUAACAUUGCACCUGUUCGGUCACUGAUGUCAUAAUUUGUGAGAGGUUUUCGAUGGACACAAUAGCAUGGACUUUUAUCGAUGACCUCUGGACUCUAGUAAUGACUAAUUUGUAAUACAGAAUUAAUCGAAAUGACUAAUUUAACUUCGUACUAAUCAGGUUUGAAAAAUGUGUUGAACCCAAUCCCAAAACUAAAAAAAAACUAAAAGAAAAGCCUAUAGGUACGAAUGACUAAGCUCGAAGAGAUACAUAGUCCAACUCUGAUCACAUAAAAGGAAAACAGAGAAUAUGGAAAUAAGGACCAAAUUUUUUAACCAAUAACAGAGAAUUAGAGACAGUAAGAACAUCAGUAUAGGUAUAGUUAUAACGAAAUACCUCAAUUUACAUAAUAUAUUUUGAUAUAUUAUCUAAAUUUUGGAUUUAAAAUAAAACAAUUAUAAAUAAUUACAUAGCAAAAAAAUCUCAAAUUGUUUGGAGAGUUUUCCAUAUGAAAAUAGUAUACAAAAUAUAUCUUUCUCUUUUCCUAAACAAAGCAUGAGUAUUAAGUACUAUAGGUUUGUCAAAACUAUUUUUGUAUUUAUAUUAUUAGUUUAAUGUUGAACGACUUCAAUGAAUAAUGUUAAUAAUGAUGUUUUUAGAUCUCUACAACCGGAUGACAUGGUUACCCAUACAAUAACUCGAAAAUUCGAAAUAGAACCUACGAAAUAUAACCUUUGAACAAAUCCAACUACAAAAGAUCAAAAUCUGACGAAUAUUCAAAAUUUAGCAUGACAUCCAUGGUUGCAAACGGAAUUGAGCCUUUGACAAAUAUUUACCGCAACAGAAAAGCUUUUUUUUUUUAUUAAAGAAAAAUUAAAUCCGGAUCUAUUAAAGACACAGACUAACUCCGAAUGUAUGUAUAGACUACAGAUAGACUUUUUUCUGGACAUUCAAAUGAACCAAAAGCAAUAGUUCAUAUUCGUGUAGCCAGCGGAUUCGAACCAAAAUUUGCUGUAUUAGAUUUAUUUUCCUCAAGCGCUACUGGACUACCAUCACUGGUUAGCCCAUCUAGUUUACGUUGGUAUCUUUAAAUAAAGAAGCACCGUAACAUAUAUGUCUACAGUCUCCACAUAACCCUUUCAUCAGUAAGAUUGAAACUGCAUGCAAAUAUAUAUGUGGCAAAACUAAAGUAAUAAACCACUUGGGACCAAAACAAAUAAAUAAGCAAGCUUUAAUUUACUAAAUUGAAGUAAUUAGCUGGGGGUGACUCACUUCGCUACUUUUUUCUAGGUACUUCCGACCUAUAAAUAUAUUAUCUAACUCUCCCAUUGUGCCAUGCAUCCUUUAACUUUCUUCUUUUUCAACUUAUAAACUCAGAAGAUAAAAUUAAAAAUAAAACAAAGAAAAACCUGAGAGAAACAGAAGAAACAUACAAGCAAAGAACAAAAUGAGGUCAUUGAGCAUUAAACCAACAUCGUUAGAUGCAGCGAGGCAUGCAACAUCUGUAGAAUCAUUCGGGAAUCACCAACUGCCACAAUCUUCGUGGCACUCGCCGGUGCCGUAUUUAUUCGGUGGCCUUGCGGCAAUGUUGGGCCUCAUCGCCUUUGCUUUACUAAUCCUGGCAUGCUCUUACUGGCGCUUGGCUACUUCAGGUGAAGAUUUCGGGGAAGGAAACGGCAGUGGAGUUGAUGAAGAGAAAGAGAGUCGGUCCGGAGAGAAGGCGACGUACGAAGAGAAGUAUAUUGUUAUAAUGGCCGGAGAUGACUUGCCUACGUAUCUUGCGACGCCUGCUUCGAACAAGUGUGUUUGUAGUCACGAGGGUGAAGUUGUAAUUCUCGAGGAAGGUGAUGCUGCAAAGAGAGAGGAAAGCAAACAAAAUGACGAAGCAACAAGUCGCUAAGCUUUUCCUUUAUCAAAAAAAAAAUCUCUCAGUUUUAGUAUUUUAAUUUUUUUGUUACUUAUUUUCUUUUAAGCUUUUCCUUUUGGGGAUUUUCUUCGGAGAGUUCCCUUUGUCCUUCUCGGGAAUGUAAAACUUUCUGAGAAAACGUUUUAGGUUACGAUUAAAGAAUGUUUGUUUGUAAUUUUCAAUCACCGGACCUGGAAAUAAUUUAUUUUCUUGAUCUUAAAA